CUACUGUGGAAGACGUUCAGGAGCCACCAGCUGUACCUUCAGAGAUUUCUACAUUUUUCCAAGACCAGCAAACUAUGAAGAAAUCCCAUGGAUCCUUAUCAUUUGAGGAUGUAACCGUGGGUUUCACCCAGGAGGAAUGGCAGCACCUGGACCCUGCUCAGAGGACACUGUACAGGGACGUGAUGCUGGAGAACUAUAGUCACCUCAUCUCAGUGGGAUAUUGCAUCCCUAAACCAGAAGUGAUCUUCAAGUUGGAACAAGGAGAGCAGCCAUGGAUAUUAGAGGAAGAGUCUUUAAGCCAGAGCCAGCCGGAAGUCUGCGAAGUUGAUAACCAACUAGAGCAGAGUCAAGAAAUCCAGGACAGACAUUUCUGGCAAGCUCCAUUUAUCAACAACAAAACACUGACUAUAGAGAGAGAAGUUAAAGGAAAUCUCUGUGAGAUCACUGGCUGACUGCUGAGACAAUGGAACAGAAAUGGCAGUGACCACACAUGACAAGGAAUACAGUCUUUGAAAAAACAGUUUGGAAAGUAAACAAAUGAAGAACCACAGCCUUCAGCAAGCAACAACGGCAAACCCUGGGGAGGUGGCUAAUCUGAUUUCCAGAGUAACCACAUUAUAAUAUUCAAAAUAUCCAGAUUUUAACCAAAAAUUAAAAGGCAUACAAGUAAACAAUUAAGUAUGGCCCAUUCACAGGAAAAAAAAAGAAAUUGACUAGAAUCAUCCCUGAGAUAGUCCAGACAUUGGAUUUACUAGACAAACAAUUUAAAUCAACUCUCAUAAGUAUGCUCAAAGAGCUAAAGGAAACCUGGACAAAGAACUAAAGGAAACUAAGAGAACGAUGUAGGAACAAAUAAAGAAUAUCAAUAGAGACAGAAGUUAUAAAAAGGAACUAAAAAGAAAUUAUGGAGCUCAAAGGUACAGUAACUGAAAUUCAAAAUUCACUACAAAGGAUCAACAGCAGAUAUGAAUACACAGAAGAAUUUGUAAAAUUGAAGAUAAGACAAUUGAAAUGAUCCAGUCUGAGGAGCAGAAAGAAAAAAGAAUGAAGAAAAGAUGAACAGAGCCUAAUGGACCUGUGGGACACCAUUAAGCAUAUCAACAGAAGCAAAUUUGGAGUCUCAGAAGGAGAAGAGACAGGGAAGGGGACAGAAAUAAUAUUUGAAGAAAUAAUGGCCAAAACUUUCCAAUUUGAUGCUAGAAUAAAUCUAUACACACAGGAAGAACAAUGAACUCCAGAAAGGAUAAACUCAAAGAGUUCCAAACCCAACAUAUUAUAAUCAAAUUGUCAAAAGCAAGAGACAAAGAAUCUUAAAAGCAGCAAGAUCCUCAAUAAGAUUAAAGCAGAUCUCUCAGUAAAAACCAUGGAGGCCAGAAGGCAAUAUGGUGACAUAUUAAAGUGCUGAAAGAAAAAAACUGUCAACCAAGAAUUCUAAAUCUAGUAAAAUUACCCUUCAUCAGUGCAAGAGAAAUUAAAAGACACUCCAAGAUAAAAGCUGAGAGAGUUUGUUGCUAAAAGACCUGCCCUACAAGAAAUGCUAAAGGGAGUCCUUCAGUCUGAAAUGAAAGGACACUAGACACUAAUUAGAGACCACAUGAAGAACACAGGUAAACGUAACUAUGUAGGUAAAUAUAAAAGCCUGUAUUAUUGUAUUUUGGGGAUAUAACCACUUUUUAUUUCCUAUAUGACUUAAGAGACAAAUGCAUAAAACAGUAACUAUAAAUCUAUGUUAACGGGCACACAACAUAAAAAGAUGUAAUUUGUACAACAACACUAUAAAGAGGGGAGAAAUGGAUCUAUAUAUCAGCAGUUUAUGUAUGCUAAUGAAGCUAAGUUGGUAUCAAUUCAAACUAAAUUAUUAUAAAUUAGGGAUGAUAAUUGUAAUCCCCAGGGUAACCACUACAAAAUAACUUAAAAAAUACAGAAAAGGAAAUACAGCGUAAAUCAAAAUGGUACACUAGAAAAAAUUAAUCAAACACAAAAAAGAAGGCAAUCUUGGAGGAAUUAAGGGAAACAAAAUAAGGCAUAUAGAAAAUAAAUUGCAGAAGUCAGUCCUUCAUUAGCAGAAAUCACUUUAAAUAUGAUAAAGGUGGAGAUUGGCAGGAUGGAUAAUAAAAACACGACCUGAACAUAAGACUCACUUUAGAUCCAAAGACACACAAAGCUUGAAUGUGAAGGAUGGAAAAUGAUAUUUCAUGAAAAUAGUAAUCAGAAGAGAGGUAGGCUGACUAUUUUAAUAUCAGACAAAAGAGGCCAUAAUUAAGAAAUUGAAACAAGAGAAAAAGAAGGACAUUAUAUAUUGAUAAAAGGGAUAAUUCAUCAGGAGAUAUAACAUUUACAGACAUAUAUACAGCAGAGUCCCAAAAUAUAUAAAGUAAAAAAUGACAGAAUUGAAAGAGAGACAGUUCUAAAAUAAUAGUUGGAGACUACAAUAGCUCACUUUGAGUAAUGGAUAGAACAUCUAGAUAGGAGAUCAAUAGGGAAAUAGAGGUCUUACCACUGUAAACCAACUAGAUCUAACAGACUUACAUAGAACACACCACCCAACAACAGGAGAAUACACAUUCUUCUCAAGUACGUAUGGAACAUUUCUCCCAGACCAUAUGUUAGGCCACAAAUCAAAUCUCAGUAAAUUUAAAGACUGAAAUCAUUCAAUGUAUCUUCUCCAACCACAAAGGAAUGAAGGUUGAAAUCAAUAACAGAAGGAAAAAUGGAAAAUUCACAAAAAGUGUGGAAAUGGAAUACACUCUUAACCAAGGGGUCAAAGAAAAACCACAAGGGAAAUUAGAAAACACUUAGAGAAGAAUGAAAAUGAAAAAUAAAGUAUACCAAAACUGCUGGGAUGCAAGAAAGUCAGUGCUUAGAGGGAAAUUUAUAGUAGUAAAUACCUACAUUAAAAAAGAAAAAAAAGGGCUGGCCUGGUGGUGUAGUGGUUAAGUUUGCAUGCUCCACUUUGGGGUCCUGGGGUUUGCGGGUUCAGAUCCCAGGCACAGACCUACGCACCACUUAUCAAGCCAUGCUGUGGCAGGCGUCCCACAUAUAAAGUAGAGGAAGAUGGGCACAGGUGUUAGCUCAGGGCUAAUCAUCCUCAGCAAAAAGAGGAGGACUGGCAAUAGAUGUUAGCUCAGGGAUAACCUUCCUCAUCAAAAAAAAAGAAGAAAGAUCUCAAAUCUAUAACCUAACCUUAUACCGUAAGAAACUAGAAAAUAAAAAGAAUAAACUAAACCUAAAGCUAGCAGAGAGGAAAUAAUAAAAAUUUAGAGUGGAGAUAAACAAAAUAGAGAAUAGAAAGACAAUAGAGAGAUCAACAAAACUAAAGAUUAGUUCUUUGAAAAAACCCAA